AACACAAAUUUUCAAUGCAAAAAAUUUGAAAUAAAAAAUCUGUUGGAUAAUCAGUUUCUUCUUCACUCUUCCUCUCGAAGGUCUCAUCAAUGGCUACCAUUACCAAGCUCUCUCUCUCAUACAUCCCUCAUUUUCCUCAUCCACCAACAACUUUUCACAAAACAUUCCAAACUCUUCCUCUCUUCACCCUUCCGCCGCUGUGUUCAUCUUCUUCCUUCGAGAAUCAACUUCGCAAGACCAUUUCAAGCUGCAGAUUACCAUCCCCAGCUAUUCGUGCAAUCAAUCAGGAAGUUGUUCAGACUCCCAGUUCAAAAUCGACCCGUGACUCGAAAACUGAUCCUGUUGCUUCUUCGAAAUUCGUCCUUGUCGUCGGAGGCUCCGGCGGCGUUGGACAGUUGGUGGCAGCAGCUUUGCUUGACCGGAAUGUCAAAUUACGUCUCUUACUGCGAGAUCCGGAGAAAGCAACUACAUUAUUUGGUGAACAAGAUGAAAAAUUGUUACAGGUAUGCAAAGGCGACACAAGGAACCCAGAAGACCUAGAUCCAUCUAUAUUUGAGGGUGUCACACAUGUGAUUUGCUGCACAGGAACAACAGCCUUCCCUUCAAGGCGUUGGGAUGAGGACAACACUCCUGAAAGAGUAGAUUGGGAGGGUGUGAGAAAUCUCAUAUCAGCAAUUCCUCGAUCAGUAAAGAGAGUAGUUCUUGUUUCAUCGAUUGGUGUAACCAAAUUCAAUGAAUUGCCGUGGAGCAUUAUGAAUCUUUUUGGUGUUCUCAAAUACAAAAAGCAAGGGGAGGAUUUUCUUCGCGACUCAGGACUUCCGUUCACAAUUAUCAGACCUGGUAGGUUGACUGAUGGACCAUACACCUCGUAUGAUCUUAAUACUUUGCUCAAAGCUACAGCAGGGCAGCGACGUGCCGUUCUCCUUGGUCAAGGCGAUAAACUUGUUGGAGAAGCCAGCAGGAUUGUGGUUGCUGAAGCUUGCAUACAGGCUCUAGACAUCGGCUUCACCGAAGGACAGGCUUACGAAAUUAACUCAAUUGAGGGGGAAGGUCCAGGAAAUGAUCCCCAGAAAUGGAGUGAACUAUUCAAAGGAGCUGCUGAUACACAAUGAUUACUUCUCCACGUAUCGCUAACUUUCUACCCUUUGCUGUAUAUAUCUUUCACUCUUUCCAAACUCUUCUUCUGAUGAUAACUUCAUUAUAGAUUUGCUUCCCUUCAAGUCUCUCUCUCUUUCACUCUAAAUGUAAUAUAAAAAAUUAUUGACCAAAACAAGAGUUUUAUGCAAAGUUCAGAAACUGUGCCUGAGAGUGGAGCCAAGAAUAGACAAGCAAGUCAUAUUGUAAUGGAAGCAGAUUAGGUUAAAUUACUAAUCUAGUAGUUUUGUGUCUUUUUGGUCUCA